ACGAAACCUAAGCUGCUUUCUGUAUCUGUCUAUCUGUGUGUCUGUACAGUAAAAUGGCAGAAUCCAGUAUUUCAGUGGCUCGGGAUCAGUUCAGCUGUUCAAUCUGUUUGGAUCUACUGAAGGAUCCAGUGACCAUCACCUGUGGACACAGUUACUGUAUGAUCUGCAUUAAAGACUGCUGGAAUAAAGAGGAUCAGAAGAGAGUUUACAGCUGCCCUCAGUGCAGAAAGACCUUCACUCCAAGACCUGUUUUAGGUAAAAAUACCAUGCUGGCUGAGGUGGUUGAGAAACUGAAGAAGACAAAAGUUCAAACAGCUCGUCCUGCUCUCAGUUAUGCUGGACCUGGAGAUGUGGAGUGUGACGUCUGCACUGGAAGGAAACGCAAAGCUGUAAAGUCCUGUCUGAUGUGUCUCGAAUCAUACUGUCAAAGUCACUUUGAGUGUCAUGAAGAAUCCCAUUCAAGGAAACGACACAAAGUGACUGAUGCCACUGGACGACUGCAGGAGAUGAUCUGCUCUAAACACGACAGACUGAUGGAGGUUUACUGCCGUACUGACCAGAAAUGUAUUUGUUUCAGGUGUGCGAUGGAAGAACACAAAAAUCAUGAUACUGUUUCAGCUGAAGCAGAGAAAGAGAAAAAGGUUGGAGAGAUACCACGGAAAUUCCAGCGCAGAAUCCAAGAGACACAGAAGAAGCUUCAGGAGCUCAGAGAGGCUAUAAAGACUCACAAGCGCUCUGCACAUGCAGCAGUGCAGGACAGUGAGAGGAUCUUUACUGAACUGAUCCGCUCCAUUGAGAGAAGCCGAUCUGAGGCGACACGGAUGAUCAGAGAUCAGGAAAAGGAUGCAGUGAGUCGAGCUGAAGGACUCUUGAAGCGACUGGAGAAGGAGAUUGAUGAUCUGAGUAGGAGAGAAGCUGAGCUGAAGCAGCUUUCACUCACUGAUGAUCACAUACAUUUCCUACAGAGUUUCCAGACUCUCUCUGAAGCUCUGGAAUCAUCAAGCGUACCCAGAGUUACCAGAAGUUCUGUCCACCUUUAUAAUGAUGUGAGAAAAUCUGUCUCUCAACUGAAAGAACAACUGGAGAAGUUCUGUAAAGAGGAGAUGGAGAAAAUAUGUGGUCAAGUAACAUACAUCAACAUCAUUCCCAAUACUGAACCUAAGACCAGGGAGGAGUUCUUACGUUAUUCCCGUCAGCGCACUUUAGAUCUAAACACAGUGAAUUCACAUGUUCAUCUGUCUGAGGACAAAACAGUGGCCACUUACACUCACACAGAGCAGCCGUAUCCUGAUCAUUCAGACAGAUUUGAUGUUUGGCCUCAGGUGUUGUGUAGAGAGAGUGUGUGUGGACGCUGUUACUGGGAGGUGGAGUGGAGUGGUGAGGUGACUAUAUCAGUGUCACAUAAGAUCAUCAGAAGAAAGGGACAGGGUGGAGAUUGUUCCUUUGGAUUAAAUGUCUGGAGAUUGUUCUGCUCUAAAUCUGGUUACUCAUUCUGUCACAACAAGAUAAAGACUGAACUCCUUAUAAUCCCCAGCUCCUCUAGAAUAGGAGUGUAUGUGGAUCACAGUGCAGGAAUUCUGUCCUUUUACAGUGUCUCUGACACAAUGACCCUCAUCCACAGAAUCCAGACCAUAUUCACUCAGCCGCUCUAUCCGGGGUUUGGGGUCAAUCAGGAAUCAUCAGUGAAACUGUGCCAUCUAGGGUAAUAGGGAUUUUAUCUACAAUGUUUUCAUAUUUGUUUAGCAAACUAAUAUAAUAAUAAUGUAUGUAAUGUAGCAACAAUGACUUGGAGCCAAUUAUUACUGUGAGUAAUAAAUAUCAGGGCAUGGUGUGUGAAUCCUCUUUAUAUCAAAUGUCACAAUUUAAACUGCUGUCAUAUAGAUAAUGUCAGUAUUUACCUAAACAAUGCAAAUAAUAUCAUUAUAACU